CACAAAGUCAGAGGCUGCACUCUGGAGCUGACAGCAGCUGAGAGGAGAAAAUAAAACAACAAUAAACUGGGGGCCUGACUGAAAAGACCAGUAUAACCAGUUUGAAUAUUGUUGCUGAGAAUUACAAAUGAAAGAUUAGCUGUUGCACGGAGGGAGGGAUGAGUGCAGAGACAGAGAUGGAGCAGGUCGAGUCUGGAGGCUCCGCUGAGGACCAGAGUGAAGACAGUCUGACACAACCAAAGUCUGAAUCAGGCCCUGAAUUCCUCAGUCUGUCUCGCUGUACCCACUGCUACAACCUUCGCUGGGGGGACGACGGUGAGUCCAGCUCCUCAGCUGAAGACUCUGGAUCAGAGGUGGACUGGGAGACAGAGGCAGAGUCUCGCUCUAGCUGCUCUGAUCUGGCUUUCUCAGAAAUACGUAAUAUAAAUGCUGAAUCUGGAGGAAAAGAUGGUGACGGAGGGGAGAUGUCGGAGAUCCAGGAAGCUAAAAAUAAGAAAAUGACUCAAAGAGCUCCACUCAUCAAUUCUUCCUCCUUGCCGAAUUCCCCUGGUCCUCAUCUCACCCCUCUGUCCCUCCCGCCACACCCUCACACCGUCGUCUCCACCCUCCACCUGCAGGUGUUGUCCCAAAAACAAGACAACAAUGACGACGCCUUCUACAUUGUCAAACAGCAGCUGUCUGGGAGAGAGGAGGAGGAAGAGGUGGAGAAAGCAGGGCGAAGUAAGGGAAGAGGGCAGGAAGGAAUCAACAGUGUGGAGCGUCCACAGCCGUUUCAGUGGCAGCAGACGGGGUUACUGUGGCAACAGUGGUCACAACUAACAUCGCAGCAACACCAGCUGUCAUACCAACAACAACCUCAAUGCUUUUCUCCUCCCAUAGCUCAGUGUCAAAGGUCGCCACCACCUCUGCACACACUUCCUGUCCCUUGUCCCUCGAUGCUCCACACACCCCAACAGGCCCCUAAUGCACCCUGCGCAAAUCUGCAUGCACCCGGUCCACAACCCUGCUGGUACUGCUACAGAACGUACUUUCCUUAUCCUCCUGAGACCCUGUGUCCUGCUAUGAGGACAUCACAUUAUGGGUUUACCGGACCUUAUACUCCAUUCUUCUUGAGUUAGACCUGUUGUCCUUGUGCGUGGACACUUUUUGUGCCAUCUAUUGGCAGUAAGAGCACAAUACAC